AUGAUUGCCCGACGUUUUCAGGAAGACAUGACUGGUACGAACGCUUGCGUUGAGUUAGCGUUGUUUAUAACAACAGCUAUUGUAGUAUCAGCUUUCGCUCUUCCCACUGUUCUCGCACAUGCAGGAACUGUGAGUUGUUUUCGUUUAUUGAGCAUUUCGCUUUUGAUAUCUUGGAAGCAUUAUCGAAAACUGAACACUCUUGAAACUAUGGCAUUUCGGAUUUUC